UUGAGUCCUGGACCGAGUCAUCUUCUGGAAAGAAAACACUAUAAAUCUUCCCUUCAACGUUCUAUAUUUCCUCAACGUCAAGUUUUUUUCUCUGUUCAUUCCUCUACUCCGCCAAAAGCUGUCGAAUCUAAAGAAGCGAAAGGUUAAUUGUAUUUUAGGGGAACGAAAUGAAAGCAGGUUUAGUUGUGGAUGGCGAUUAUAUAUACGAAGCAGAGAAGCAUCUAACGGUUCUCAAAACUUCGCUUUUCUUCGCCAACGAUGGCUUCACUGUUUACGAUUGUAAAGGUCAGUUGGUUUUCCGAGUUGACUCGUACGGUCCCGACCCUCGAGGUAAGGCCGAAGUUGUUCUAAUGGAUGCUCAUGGAAGAUGCCUUCUUACUGUUAGGAAAAAGAGGCCGAGUUUGCAUCACCGGUGGGAAGGGUUUCUAGGCGAAAGAUCAGAGGGUCAGAAACCGGCCUUUAGUGUGAAAAGAUCGUCGAUAAUCGGACGGUGUGGAAUGGCAGUGGAGGUGUUCAACAAUCCUGGGGAGGAGUACCAGAUCGAAGGAAAUUUCGGACAGCGAAGCUGCACGAUCUUCAAUGCGGCCAAGGAACAAGUGGUUGAGAUUAAACGCAAAGUUGAUGUUUCUAGUAACGUGGUACUUGGUAAGGAUGUCUUCCUGCUUUCCUUGAAACCUGGUUUUGAUGGGGCCUUUGCUAUGGGUUUGGUGCUCGUUCUUGAUCAGAUCAACGGUGAUGAAUAUGUGGUGAAUGAUGAGUCUGAGAUGAGCCCUACCGCACAGGAUUAAUGUGUUAUGUAUUUUAUAAAUUUCUUAAUAUUGGCUUUAGAUUUCUUUUUCUUU